AUGAAUAUUCUGGUCUGUACGCCAGGACGUAUGCUACAGCAUAUGGACCAAACGGCGGCGUUCGUUACAGAUCAUAUCCAAAUGCUCGUUCUCGAUGAGGCAGAUCGGAUUAUGGACAUGGGAUUUCAAAGCACAGUGGAUGCAAUUGUCGAACAUCUACCCAAAGAGCGACAGACAAUGUUGUUUAGUGCCACCCAGACGAAGAAAGUAUCUGAUCUGGCGCGGUUGAGCUUAAGAGAUCCAGAGUAUAUAUCUGUUCAUGACACAGCGAGCAGUGCAACACCUGCGAGCCUGCAGCAACACUACGUGGUUACGCCGUUACCGGAGAAGCUGGAUACGUUAUGGAGUUUUAUCCGGAGUACGCUAAAGUCCAAGAUACUGGUGUUCUUUUCCUCGAGCAAACAAGUGCGAUUCGUCUAUGAGGCUUUUCGGCAGAUGCAACCUGGUAUACCGCUAUUGCACCUUCAUGGAAGGCAAAAACAAGCUGCAAGGAUCGACAUCACGAAUAAAUUUUCGAGGUCGAAGUACUCUUGUUUAUUUUCGACAGAUAUCGCGGCGAGAGGCCUCGAUUUUCCCGCAGUUGACUGGGUUAUUCAACUAGAUUGCCCUGAGGAUGCGGACACUUAUAUCCAUCGAGUCGGCCGAACUGCGAGAUAUGAACGGGACGGGCGCGCAGUGUUGUUCUUGGAGCCGAAUGAAGAGGAAGGCAUGUUGAAGCGCCUUGAACAGAAGAAGAUACCUAUCGAGCGGAUCAAUAUCAAAGCGAAAAAGCAGCAGAGUAUCAAGAGUCAGCUGCAGAAUAUGUGCUUUAAAGACCCUGCGUUAAAAUAUUUAGGGCAGAAAGCAUUCACAUCUUACGCCAAAUCGAUACACAUACAAAAGGAUAAGGAAGUGUUUAAUGUUAAAAGUUUGCCCCUUGAAGACUUUGCAUCAAGUCUCGGACUCCCUGGAGCCCCGCGCAUCAAGUUCAUCAAGGGAGAAGAUACAAAAUUACGAAAGAAUGCGCCUCGGCAUCUUGCCACGAUGUCGAGUAGCGACGAGGAUACAGAUCAGGAGGGAGAUAAAAAAUCAAAGAAAAAAGAAACCGCUGUACGGACGAAAUAUGAUCGCAUGUUCGAGCGAAGAAAUCAGGACGUGCUAACGGAACAUUACACCAAAUUGAUUAGAACUGAGGACGAUGUCGAUGGGGAGGAGAAGGACAACCCCACCGCUGAUGCGGAUGAAGACGACGGGUUUCUCUCCGUCAAACGGCGCUUCGAUGCCGGCGACGAGGAGCUUGGCUUCAAGGCCAAAGGUGGCGCCGAUGCUCAGCGUGCGAAAUUCUUGGAACUGGAAGCAGAACGAACAAGACUUGCGGAUAUUCGUGACAAGGAGAUUGCGAAACAAAAGAAAAGAGAGAAGAAAGAGAAGCGGAGAGAAAGGGCGCGUGCUGAGAAGGAAGCUGAAGCGGGCGCCGUUGCUGUACUUGCGCCAUAUGAAGAGGGCGAAGAGGAUAGAGAUUACGGCUCUGAUGAGGACAGGGAAGCUGAAGAAGAGCAAGCACCACCAAGUAAAAAACAGAGGAAAUGGUUCCAAAAUGAUUCCGAUGUGGGAGAGGAGGACGGAAGGAAAGGGAGUUCAAAGAAACAGAAACGGACUCGUGCCCAAAGCCCAGCGCAAGUCGAAACGCUUGAGGACUUGGAAGCUCUUGCUACUGGAUUAUUGGAGUAG